AACUUGGCCGGUGCGGCGAUCACAUCACCCUGCUCUCGCGCUCCCAUACAGACGCGGUCCACACGCUGCCUCUCUCACACUCUCACACACGCGCGUGUGCCCGUCGCCCUGCUCGUCCUCCGGCGCCGCACUCAACACGGAUGUAUACACACUAGCCUGCCACAUCUCCUCACGCCAAAGCAUCUACAUCUACGGGAAAGUGAACCUUCGUGAUAUAAUUGGUUUCUGAACACGGCGCUAAGCGAUUGUGCUCAAAUUCCUAGGAAAAUCAUGUGCCUUACAACAUCAUACAAAUAACAGGAAAAAUGUGUAGUAAUGACUUAAAUUUCUAAGUGAUUUUUGUGUAUCUGAAAAAAAUAUUAUAACCCCCUGGAAAAAAAACUUAAUACUUUUUUGACAUAAAAGAUUUAAUUAAGUGUUAACUGAUAUAGUUUGGUUUCGUGAGUGAUUAAAACGGUAGUGGAAUAUAUAUAUAUAUAUAUGUCUAUGUGUGUCCCUGCCGCGUGUGUGUACUGGCAGCCCUGAGUGGCACUAUGCUGAGAUAGAGGCGGUUGGGCACUGUGUAUGGACAAGUUGUGUCACCAUGAUGCUGUGGUGCCACCCUCGCCCCCUCCUGGGGGCGCCUUCUGCCUCCACCCCCCUGGCUCUAGUGGCGGUAGUUGUAGCCGCUCUUACACAGAUGGUGGCGUGCUCGGGACGGUUCGAGCUGGAGGUGGUGGAGGUUCAGAACCCCCGCUCGGAGGUGCGCUCCGGGAGGUGCUGCGGGGGGAUGCCUCGGCCCACGGGGGGCGGGCCGUGCCCCUCCCAGUGCCGCACCGUAGUGGCACUGUGCCUGAAGGAGUAUCAGAGCGUGGCCCAGGACGGAGGAGAGGUGAGCGGAGGGGCGAGAGGCGGGUGCACCUACGGUGAGGACACCUCUCCAGUGCUAGGUCCCUCCUCCUUCACCUUGGCGCAGUCGCCACCUGCAGCGCACAUCCACCUCCCCUUCACCUUCUCCUGGACGAGAUCCUUCACACUAAUCCUGGAGGUGCUGGACCUGACUGACGACACGUCCCCCAGUAAAGAGAGGAGGGAGACGAUAGAUGCCCUGACCUACAGUGGCAUCCUGGUCCCUGGCACGGACUGGCACACCCUGACGGACCAGGGCUCCGUGGCCCGCGUCACCUACCGUGUCAGGGUCCUCUGCGACCAGAACUAUUACAACACCACCUGCACCAAGUUCUGCAGGCCGCGGGACGACAAGUUCGGCCACCUCACCUGCGACGUCUCUGGCGACAAGGUCUGUCGCCCCGGCUGGAUGGGACCCAACUGUGAGAUUGCCAUCUGCAAGCAAGGAUGCCACCCGGAGCACGGGACCUGCAAGAUUCCGGGGGAGUGCGAGUGCCGCCUGGGCUGGACGGGAGAGCAGUGUGACGAGUGCCGACCAUACCCAGGAUGUAAACACGGCCACUGUGAUGGUUCUCCGUGGUCGUGCGUCUGUGAACUCAACUGGGGAGGGAUCCUCUGUGACCAAGACCUUAACUACUGCGGACGGUAUCCCUGCGUGAAUGGUGGUACCUGUGAGAAUACAGCACCGGACCAGUACCGUUGUACCUGCCCUGAGGGUUUCUCUGGGGAAAAUUGUGAGGUGGUGGAGGACCCGUGUGCGCCGGGGCCGUGUCAACACGGAGGCACGUGCAUGGAGGUCAACGGAGGCUUCCAGUGUACGUGUCCACCUGGCUGGUCCGGCCAUACAUGCAAGGAAGACGUGGAUGAGUGCGAGUCUUGCCCCUGUGAACACGGAGGUGGCUGCGUCGACCAGGUCAACGGCUUCACGUGCAACUGUACCGUGGGCUGGGAGGGGAACAGCUGUCAGUUCGACUCAGACGAGUGCCAGGGCCGACCUUGCAUCAACGCCGUAUCUUGUGUCAACUUGGAGGGUGAUUACAAGUGCCAGUGCCGGAAUGGGUGGGAGGGCAAGAACUGCGAUAUCAACCUUAACGACUGCCAGGGACAGUGCCUCAAUGGGGCUACCUGCAUCGACCUGGUGGAUGACUACCACUGUGCCUGCUCCCUCGGGUUUACAGGUCGUAACUGCGAGACGAACAUAGACGAGUGUGGGAGCGGUCCCUGUGGCAACGGUGGCGAGUGUGUGGACCUUGUGGCCGACUACCGCUGUAUCUGUCCUGUCGGCUACUCUGGACUACAGUGUGAGAUUGACAUCGAUCUGUGCAACCCCAACCCCUGUGACAACGGCGCUCCCUGCAUCAACACCCAGGCCGACUACUACUGCCACUGUCCCGAGGGAUGGGGAGGCAAGAAUUGUUCCAUGCCUCGCCCUGCCUGCACACAGCCCCCUUGCCAAGUGGUGGACAGCUGCACGGUGCCAGAGGCCCAGGAGUCCGGGUCGGUGUUGCUGGUCCCUUCCAACAUCUGUGGGAGAAGCGGCCGCUGUGUCAGCCACGCCGAGGCCGCCUUCUCCUGCGUCUGUGACCCCGGCUUCACAGGACAGUACUGCCAUAUUAAUGUUAAUGACUGCGAGUCGUCGCCGUGCAUGAACGGGGGCACGUGUGUCGACCUGGUGAACGGCUUCCAGUGUGUGUGUGACCCGGGCUGGAAGGGUCCCCUCUGUAACCUAGAUGUGGACGAGUGUGCCGACCAGCCUUGCCGCAACAACGCUACCUGUGUUGAUGGCGUCAGCGAUUUCACCUGUGCCUGCCAGAAUGGAUGGAAGGGCCGCACGUGUUCCUCUACCACGUCCCACUGCGACCCCAGCACGUGUCAGCACGGCGGCACGUGCGUCGACCUCGGGAACGCCUUUGUGUGCCGCUGCCCCGAUGAGUGGAAGGGAAGCACCUGCCAGAUCCGUGAGCGUCGGGCGUGCGACUCCUCGCCGUGCCAGAACGGUGCGACGUGCGUCAACACGGGCGACGGGUUCACCUGCCUGUGUCCAGACGGGUGGGACGGCGCCGCCUGCCACAAUAACAUUAAUGACUGUACUCCACAUCCCUGCUACAAUGGCGGCCGCUGCGUCGACGGAGUCAACUGGCGAGUGUGUGAGUGCACGCCAGGCUUCACCGGCCCAGACUGCAGAGUCAAUAUCAACGAGUGCGCUUCCUCCCCAUGCGCCUUCGGCAGCACCUGUGUGGACGGCAUCGCUGACUACCGGUGUGUGUGCCCCCCUGGACGCACAGGUCAUCGCUGUGAGCACGUGGAAGGUAACAACAGUGUCGAGCAGCCGUCACAAGCAUGCCUGUGGGGCGGUGACCUCCGGCCCCACGGUGCCGUCUGGAGGCAUCAGUGCAACUCAUGCCACUGCAGCCAUGGCACUGCCUCCUGCUCCGACGUCUGGUGUGGUCCCGAGAACUGCCUCCGGUCCCGUGGCCCCAACCACUACCCCUGCGAGCCCUACCAGGUGUGCGUGCCAGGGCCACUGCAGUGGUGCCUGGCCCCGCCGUGCGAGCCCUGGGGUGAGUGCCGCAUGCUGAGCGAUGAGGGCCAGCAGGUGGCACCCCGCGUGAACCCCGGCCCUCGAGCCUGCACGCCCAACCAUGCCACCCUCAACAACGCCUGCGCCAGACUCACUCUCGUGCUCAACCGCACCAGGCUGCCCGCUGGUGCCCGCGUCCAGACUGUUUGUCAGGGUCUGCGGGCGGCUUGGGCUGACCGCCACGCCCACACCGCCACCCCCGCGCCCAUCAUUCUCUGCGCCCUCGUUACUACCAGCAACGAUACCAUUGAAGUUACUCUGUCGUACGCGGAGGACGGCCCCAAGGGAGACGUGACGGUGGCGGCCAAGACCCUCGGGGAGCUGGUCAGCAGGAAACUCACCCCCGUCACUGCCCUCGGCGCCGCCAUUGAGGUCAAGGUCGAAACUACAGUGGUCAGCGGCGAGCCUGGUGUGGCAAGCGGGGUGCUGGCAGCCGUGACGGUGGUGCUGGUGGUGGUGGUGGUGCUGGCGGUGGCCGGCCUCGGGUACUGGCAGUGUCGGCGGCGCCACCUGCAGGCCCACCACCGCACCGCCUUCCCCUCCCACUCCUCCAGACACAAGCUGGCCGAGGACGCUCACGCCGAGAAGUCCAACAACGAGAACGAGGAGAAGUUGUGGCGCUACCACAACCCUCUCAAGACCGCCACCCUCAGCGGGGGGUCAGUGGAUGACGCAGAACCCUCCUGCUCCAGGAUGAACCCCCAGGGCCUCGGGGACCCCAGGGUGGCUCCCCUGGGGUCCACCGUCGGGUUAAUUCACGUGCCCAAGGCCGCCCUGGCCACGCCCGACACGGACAUAAGUGACUGCGAGUCCCCGACACACGGCCUGCCGGUGGCAAUCCGGAAGGUGCAGAAUGCUGACGUGGAGCGGAACAUGACCCCGCACGACCCCGCCUGCAAGAGCCUCCAGAAGGAAAUAAACCUGAAGGCCAUCUCCCCGAGAGCCAACGACCACGACCUCGUCACCAGCGAGAUGGUCGUAUAGCGCCUCAUCUCUCGCCUUCCUGCAGCUGGUGUAGACUUCAAGCCCGGCACUGAGUGUGUCACUGCCGGGCCGUGGCAGUUAUGAUUGAAUCGUAACUGUGCCAUAGUCGGGCCACGACAGUGUCAGCAGGGUCAUGACAGUGCCGAAUGCCGUGUUGACAGGCAGGUUCCAUUGUUACCGCGGUGACAACCUUCCUCAACGACCCGUCCACAGGUGACCUGCUCACGACGCACCUUCCUGGCAAAGCCCACUGAUGCAUUGACGACUCGGCUCCACGACGUCAUAUGUAGCCAAAUGAUGCGACACUCAAUUGAUGUCAUGCACAGCCCAGUGACAAAAUGAUGUCGCCAUGCGCAAUGUUGCCUUACCCAUUUGUCCAGUGCAUUACAGAGUGCCAUUAAAUUAAAAACAUGACAGUGAACACUUAAAACUAUUUUUUUAAAUUAAUGUUUUGACGUGGCCUUUCUGGGGCCUAUGGCCUUGGCCUUAAUUGAUGGUCCGUGAGCUCCAUAGAGGCUGUGAAAUGUAGUUCCCAUGACGUCCGCUACUGAAAGUGGUGGCGCUGCUCGUGGCGCUUUUUACCCGAUGAAUAAAAACAUAUUCACCCAAAAUGCCUUAGUGACUCAUUGGUGAAUUACUGGCAAAUAUAUAUACAUACAGUGUGUAUAUUUUUACACGUUUUCUAGCAGCGAUCGCUACGUGGUGUCCCCCCCCCCCCUCCCCCGACUCUCCAUAUCCCCCUGGCGCCUUUUCCACAGCCUAAAAGAGCGCUUGUGUAUAGAAAAAAUAUAAAAAAACUGAUUCUGGUGUUUAUAAUGUAUAGAUUUAGGUCAUAUAUGAUGCAGCGCAGCGGAAGGCCAUGAUCUCUAUUUUACGUUUUGUACUGAUUUCUAACUUGGUUUCAAUAUGAAUGUUUUGUAUGUGAAAACUCCAUUUUUGGUCCUCUCUGCCGAGGACAGCAUCACGUCACUUCGUUAUGAUGUCACGAGACUUGCUGACGAAUCGAUGUGCCAAGUCAUCAUUUGAAUGUGACGUGGUUGCCACGUCAUCUCCAACUGUGACGUAUCAGUGGUUUAUUCAAAGGUAGUAAAUACUUUUUGUUUCAAAACGUAAUUGCAUCUGCUGAGCUUGUAUUCUUAAGCUUGUAUGCAACACUUGGACUGGUCUGUAGGGCGACGGUCUCGCUUCUGGCAGGGUCGGCGUUCAACCCCAAUAUGUCCCAAGUGGUUGGGCACUGUUCCUUUCCUCCGUCUUCUCCCAGGCCUUUGUCCUCAUAUCCCUUUCUAAGGCUGUAUAGUGAUGUCUCCUGAUCCCUUACCCCCCUAAACUGUACUACACUUAGCCUGCUGCGCUGCUGUACAUGACCAAGCCGUCACUUAUACAAUACCUGAUAUUGAUGUAGAGAGCUGUGAUAUUUUUGUACAUUUGUAUUCAGUGUUGUGCAAUUGUGCAAUGUAUAUAUGUAAGUAUUUAUUGAUGUUUCCUUCUCAAUGCCGCAUUUUGUAAUGGUUCUGCACCUGUCUGCCAGUGCUCAGUGCCGACCUGUCUGCCAGUGCUCAGUGCCGACCUGUCUGCCAGUGCUCAGUGCCGACCUGUCUGCCAGUGCUCAGUGCCGACCUGUCUGCCAGUGCUCAGUGCCGACUUGUCUGCCAGUGCUCAGUGCCGACCUGUCUGCCAGUGCUCAGUGCCGACCUGUCUGCCAGUGCUCAGUGCCGGACACAAAUCCUGUCCCCGGGAGAGACAAAAAUGCGGGAAAGUACGAGAAAAUGUCGGAGGUGGCAAUAAGUGACUUACAUUUAUUAGUGAUCAGUUAAGGCGAUGGCCGAGGUGAGUGGCACGAGGACAAAAUCCGGUGAUGUGACGAUAAAACCCGGUGAUGUGACGAUAAAACCCGGUGAUGUGACGAUAAAACCCGGUGAUGUGAGGUCACAAAAACACGCCCAAGGUGAAAAAAGUAAUCUUGUUUUUAACAGAAAAUAUCCGUUAGUGAAGUGAAACUACUUUCAUUGAAACGGGAGAACUCUACCAACGGCGGAACAGCCAUCACUGAACACCGACCACUGGCAGGCCAUCAUUCAUAGGCUGUGAUAUUUCGGAAAUACCAUUACUAGGGGAGUCAAUCCCCCCCCCCCCUCCCCCCCCUCCUUUCCUCAUGUCUAUCUUUGCCAUAUUACUGAUAAAUGAUAUCCGUACAAAGUAAAUUUUACAGAUCAACUUUUGGAUAUAGAUAAUGUAUAUUUUUUCCUCUGGUAUUUUCAAGCAAGAUAAAGCACGCCUUGUUGGAAACAUCUUGAAAAGACAAUAAAAUUUUAUUGGAUAUUG